GAUAUCAAACAUGGCGACCUUUAUGUUUUUGUUGAAUUUGUGGAAGAAAGUAGAAUGUAGUUAAGACGUAUAAGCUUGAAUGACAGCAUUGCUAAGUAUUGUUCUUGUAUCUGUUGUUAAUAGUUUGUUACAGCCAAUUGAAAAUGGAUGUUGAUGACAGUUCUGCUGCAUGUGCUGAUGCGAUGACAACUGGGGAAACAAAUGAAGGAUUUCAUGAUCAUAUCACUGACCCAACUAAUGCUGAUACUGUUGAAGGUGAUAAAUGUGGAGAUAAGUUUGAUCAAUUGAAAUUUAAUAUGAUCUCACGUGUUGCUAAGUCAGAGGCUCAUUUCAAACACCAGCAAAGAGGUGAUCCGGAUUUAUCAUAUGAAGAAAAAGUACAAAUUGCAACUGAAGUUCUUUCAAAAGGUCCAGGGAGGUUCUUGGCCCGAUUUGGACAGUUUCUUGCAAUAGAGGAUGUAGAUUAUUUUGUUGACUUUAAAGAAGAUUAUGAGGUUGAUUUCUACCUGAAAGAAAUUUUGAAACAACAAGACAAAGUUCACAGCCAAAAAGUGGUAAAAAAUAGGCGAUAUGCGGCAAUGCAGGAAUUGCUUAGUCAGGGAGAUUACUUUAGUGAGGAGGAAAUGAAGUGGCGGGACCCACUGUUGUAUGAACAGAUGGUCGGCAACUUCUUGACUGAAGAAGAAAUACAGAGUAAAGUGGAUAAAACUGAUCUGAGGUUCUCGAACAUCCUGCUGAAACACAUCGACCAGAUAGAGGAGAAUGCACUGUAUGCCAGACAGAAGGAAGCAGAGGAAUGUCAGGAAGAAGAGGAAGAAGACAGUGAGGAGGAAGAAGAGAUGGAGAAAAAGAAACCAAAGAUCUCUGAUGUUGAGAAACAGAUGCUGAAGUCAGAGUUUCUGCAGAUUAUGCAGGAGAGGUUCAUGUCAGGGAAAGACAAGGACUUUGACUACAGCCAGGUAGACAAGAACGCUGACUAUGAUUCCCUGGACACCUUAGGGAAGGAUGAGGAGGAGAGAUACUUCGAUGGUGAGGAGCCAUUUACAGUUGACUCCCCACUGAGAACCGAUUCCCCUAGACUGGCCGGAAGCUUACAGCCAGUUGAUGAUGGGGAAAUCAAGGACUAUAUGAGUUACGAGGCAGAGCCUGAUUUAAGUCAGGCUACCACAGAUAUGAACAAGAUGUCAGUCUCACAAGUUGCUGAAGAUGAUGAGAUGUUAGAGAAAGGUGUUUUGUGGACUACUCUAAAGAAUGAAGUUUGUGGCUCUCCUGCUUCUGGGGUUGGUGAUGUCCCAACCACAGGAAAGAUGCAAGCUUAUCAGCUUCUUGUGGUACAUGAACGACGUCUGUCACAUGACACUACUGAGAUAUUACGUCACCUUCGACGGUGUUCUGACACGGCAAGACAUCCACAACACACUCAACGCCGUGUGCAGCACAGCUGUUAA